GAUGACCGCGAGGCACGCUUGGACGCUUUUGGCAGCAGUGCUGCUCGCCGCGGCCGCCCGCAUGGACGCGGCCGUCGCGGACGUCCCGUCCACCAAGUCCCUGGUGGUCAGGGCCGACGCCGCCGACAACGAGCUCUGGUGGCACCAUGCCAUCUUCUACCAGAUCUACCCCCGGAGUUUCAUGGACUCCAACGGGGACGGCAUCGGCGACCUGAAUGGUAUUACGUCCAGACUGGAGUACUUGAAGGACAUCGGCGUGCGCGGAGUCUGGCUUUCCCCCUUCUACCCGUCGCCCCAGAAGGACUUUGGCUACGACAUCAGUGACUUCAAGAACGUCGACCCGACCUACGGCACCCUGGCGGACUUCCAAGAGAUGACAAAAAAAGCUCACGAACUGGAACUCAAGGUUGUGGUUGACCUGGUGCCCAACCAUUCGAGCGAUAAGCAUGAAUGGUUCGAGAAGUCGGUGAACAGAGAGGGCAAAUACACCGACUAUUACGUCUGGGCCGACGGGAAGAUGGUCAACGGAGUGAGGCAGCCGCCCAACAACUGGGUUUCGCACUUCCGCUUCUCCGCUUGGGAGUGGAACGAGCAGCGCGGCCAGUACUACCUGCACCAGUUCGUCAAGGAGCAGCCUGACCUCAACUACCGCAGUGCUGAUGUCGUGCAAGAAAUGAAGGACGUGUACACCUUCUGGAUGAACCAAGGCGUGGACGGGUUCCGUGUGGACGCCCUGCCCUUCCUGUUCGAGGAUGCGGCCCUGCCGGACGAGCCCCUCAACACGAACCAGACCGACCCGGAGAUCACCAAGGACGACUACGACUUCUACUGGCACCCCUACACCAUGGACGACGACGGCACCUACGACAUGCUGCAGCAGUGGCGCGAGGUGGUGGACAAGCACCCCGACAACAUGCCCAGGGUCAUCAUGACGGAGUGCUACACCACCUUCCCCAACACCAUGAGGUACUACGGCACCAAGGAGAGGCCCGGCGCGUCCUUCCCCUUCAACUUCCAGUUCAUCAGCAACCUGGACAAGUCCUCCAGCGCGACCGACAUCAAGUGGCAGAUCGACCAGUGGAUGAAUGCCAUGGACGACACCCGCUGGCCCAACUGGGUGAUCGGCAACCACGACAACCCCCGCGUCGCCACCCGCUACCCGAACAUGGCCGACGCCAUGAACAUGAUCUCGCUGACGCUGCCCGGCACCGCCAUGACGUACUACGGCGAGGAGCUCGGCAUGACCGACGCCUUCAUCACGUGGGCCCAGACCAAGGACCCCUCUGGCAUCAACGCGGGACCCAACAGGUACCUCAAGACCACCAGGGACCCGUGCCGCACGCCCAUGCAGUGGGACAACACCACGCCCAGCGCGGGCUUCUCCACCAGCCACGAGACCUGGAUGCCCACCAACCCCAACUACUGGCAGCUCAACGUGGAGGCCGAGAAGAAGGACCCCAAGUCCCACCUCAACAUCUACAAGGACCUGACCGCCGCCAGGCAGACGGACACCUUGAAGAAGGGCGCCUUGGCCACCAAGGUCCUCAAGGACGAUGUCCUCGUCAUCACCCGGUCCCUGCAGGACAAGGACACUUACAUCACCGUUGUGAACGUGGGCAGCUGGGCCCAGACCAUCGAAUCCAACGACCUCCUCGCUAACGCCAAGCUUACAGUGUACUCCGCCAGUGCCAGCUCCUCCCUCAACAAGGGAGAUGCCUUCUCGUCCGUGACGCUGCGCCCCAAGACCGGCUUCGUCGUCACGACGGGCUCGGUGACGGUGUCCAGCGCCUCCACCGCGCAGACGGCCGUGCUCCUGUCCGUGGUACUCGCCUUCCUGGGCCAGCUGCUAUGAUCCGCGCCAUCUCAGACAGUGUGCGUGCUUCUCUAAGGCUGUGUGCGAUUUGAGAUUGGAUGUGUGCGUGUGUGUGUGUGUGUGUGUGUGCGUGUGAGUGUGUGUAUGUGUGCUAAAUUCGUGGGAAGACUACUGUAGAGACUGACUGAACACUCACACUAGUUAAGUUUUUCGUCCAUUCGUUAAGUAUUUUUAUAAAAUAAAAGCUAUUAUGCAAAGUAUUGUUAUAAAA